CUGAAAUCGAAAGUAACUUUUGUUUUUGUUCCAGGCUCCAUUUUGAAACAUCGCCGCAAAAAACCAAAAGAGAAGAUACAAUAAUAACGCUCCAUUUUGAGACAUCGCUGUAAAAAAUACAAGGGAAGAUACAAUAAUAACGGUUCAGCAAAGAAAAGUAUGGGGAAACAAAUUCAGCCGGAGAGACCAGCCUCCCCUGUACCCAGCUGUGUGUCCAUGAAGAGUAACUUUUCUAUGAAUCCUCCUAUUGAGUUCAGAAAGGGAGACUUUUCUAUUGAACAAAGCCCAAUUCAGCAGGAGAGACCAGCCUCCCCUGUACCCAGCUUUGUGUCCAUGAAGAGUGACUUUUCUAUGAAUCCUCCUAUUGAGUUCAGAAAGGGCGACUUUUCUACUGAACAAAGAGACCAACAGGAGAGAUCAGAGUCAGAGAUUCUCAGUGGUCAACCUGUCCAGAGUCAUCAAACAGACCUGUCCUCUAUAUUCUGUUCUGAUGAGAAGAAGGAGAGCAGUCCCAAAGAUGGGAAGAACAUGAACAAGAAGGAGCUUGCUGACACACUGGAGAAAAGUCAAACUCUUCUGAUGCAAGAAAUGAAGACUAAACUGAAAAAGAAAUAUCAAAUGCUGUGUGAAGGCAUUGGACAGCAUGAAAACCAAACUCUAUUAAAGGACAUCUACACAGAGCUCUACAUCACAGAGGGUGGAAGUAAAGGAGUUAAUGAAGAACAUGAAGUCAGACAGAUUGAGAUGGCAUCCAAGAGACAAACCACACCAGAGACACCAAUCAAAUGCAACGACAUCUUCAAGCCAAUGAAACAACAUCAGAAUAAAGGUGUGAGGAGAAACUUGACUAAAGGAAUCGCUGGCAUUGGAAAAACAGUCUCUGUGCAGAAGGUCAUCCUUGACUGGGCAGAGGGAAAAGCUAAUCAAGAUGUUCAUUUUAUAUUUCCUCUUCCUUUCCGUGAUCUGAACCUGAAAAAGGACCAAUAUAGUCUGAUGCAACUUCUUUCCCACUACUUUCCAGAACUGAAAGAAAUUAACAGAAUUGAAGAUGGUUUAAUCAGAACCAUUUUUAUUUUUGAUGGUCUGGAUGAGUGUCGACUUCCUCUAGACUUUAAAAACAAUAAGAAGUGCUGUGAUGUCACAGAACCAACCUCAGUGGACGUGUUGCUGACAAACCUUAUCGAGGGGAAUCUGCUUCCCUCUACUCUCCUCUGGAUAACCACACGACCUGCAGCAGCCAAUCGGAUCCCUCCUGAGUGUGUUGACCAAGUCACAGAGAUACGAGGGUUCAAUGAGCCACAGAAAGAGGAGUACUUCAGGAAGAAAAUCACAGACCAGAAUCUGGCCAAAAUAAUCAUCAAGCACAUAAAAACAUCCAGAAGCCUCCACAGCAUGUGUCACAUACCAGUCUUUUGUUGGAUAUCAGCCACUGUCCUUGAGUUGAUGCUGAAUGAAGCAAAGAAAGAUGAAAUCCCCAAAACUCUGACUCAGAUGUACGAACACUUCCUGCUCAUCCAAACCAGUAUGAAAAACAAAAAGUACAACAAAUCCACAGAAACAAGUCCAAAGGAACUGUCUCAGUCAGACAAAGACAUGAUCCUGAAGUUGUCAAAGCUGGCUUUCCAACAGCUUCAGAAGGGCAACCUGAUCUUCUAUGAGGAGGACCUGAGAGAGUGUGGCAUUGAUGUCUCAGAGGCAUCAGAGUACUCAUCACUGUGUACAGAGAUCUUUAAAGAAGAAUCUGGGCUUUAUCAAGAGAAGGUCUUUAGCUUUGUUCAUCUGAGCAUUCAGGAGUUCCUAGCAGCAGUACAUGCCCUAGAGUCUUCAGACAGGUUAUCUGACUCACACUGGGGAGCAGACAGGUUAUCUGUCUUACACAGGAGAGCAGUAGACCAGGCCUUGAACAGUGAGACUGGACAUCUGGACCUGUUCCUCCGCUUCCUUCUGGGUCUCUCACUGGAGUCCAAUCAGAUUCUCUUAAGAGGCCUUCUGACACAGACAGGAAGUACAACACAGAGUAAUGAGGAAACCGUUAAGAGAACCGUAGAGUACCUGUCAGAGAUGAUAAGGAUGGAAUCCUCACCAGAAAGGAUCAUCAACUUGUUCCACUGUCUGAAUGAACUUGGUGCCAACUCUCUAGUUGAAGACAUUCAGAUCUCCCUACGAUCAGGGACUCUUUCAGAAACAGAACUACAACCUCACCAAUGUUCAGCUCUGGCCUACCUGUUACUGAUGUCAGAGGAGGUACUGGAGGAGUUUGACAUGAAGACAUACAAGACAUCAGAGGAAGGUUAUCGGAGGUUGCUGCCAGCAGUGAAAACCUGUAAUAGAGCAAUACUGUCUAGCUGUGGAAUCACUGAGGAAGACUGUGCUUCUCUGGUCUCAGCUGUGAAGUCAAACCCCUCACAUCUGAAGGAACUGGAUCUGGGCUACAAUCAGCCAGACGAUUCAGGAGUGAUUGAGCUCUCUGCUUUGAUCAAGGAUCCACAAUGUAGACUGGAGACUCUGAAACUGCCAGGUUGUGGAAUCACUGAGGAAAACUGUGCUUCUCUGGUCUCAGCUCUGAAGUCGAACCCCUCACAUCUGAAAGAGCUGGAUCUGAGUAACAACAACCUGAAGGAUACAAGAGUGAAGCUGCUCUCUGCUCUGCUGAAGGACCUAGAAUGUAGACUGGAGACUCUGAGACUGUCAGGUUGUGGAAUCACUGAGGAAGGUGGUGGUUCUCUGGUCUCAGCUCUGAAGUCAAAACCCUCACAUCUGAAAGAGCUGGAUCUGAGUAACAAUGUCCUUAAGGAUUCAGGAGUGAAGCUGCUCUCUGCUAUGUUGGAUGAUCCACGAUGUAGACUGGAGACUCUGAGACUGUCAGGCUGUCUGUUCAAAGAGGAAGGCUGUCUUUCUCUGGCAUCAACUCUGAAAUCAAACUCCUCAAACUUAAAGAAGUUGGAUCUGAGUGACAAUGACCUGGAAAAUGCAGGUGUACAAUUGCUCUUCACUGGACUUAAGGAUCCAAACUGUAAUCUGGAGUCACUGAGGCUUUCAUUCUGUGGAGUUACAGAGGAAGGCUGUGAUUCACUGGCCUCAGCUCUGAUGUCAAACUCCUGUCACCUAAGAGAGCUUGACCUGAGUAACAAUGACCUGGGGAAUUCAGGAGUGAAGCGGCUCUCUUCUGGACUGGGAAAUCCCCAUUGUAAACUGGAAACACUGAGGUUGUCAGGUUGUCUGGUCACAGAGGAAGGCUGUGCUUCUCUGGUCUCAGCUCUGAAGUCAAACCCCUCACAUCUGAAAGAGCUGGAUCUGAGUUACAAUCACCCAGGAGACUUGGGAGUCAGACUGCUCUCUGCUGGACUGGAGGAUCCACACUGGAGACUAGAGAAACUCAAUAUGGACAAUGGUGGAGAGUGCAAUUUGAAAUCAGGGCUGAAGAAAUAUGCCUGUGAUCUCACACUGGACCCAAACACAGCAUUCAGAGCAUUCUCUCUGUCUGAGGGGAACAGAAAGGUGACACGUGAGAUAGUGACUCCACCGUUGUAUCUGGAUCACCCAGAGAGAUUUAUCAACUAUGGCCAAGUGAUGUGUACACAGGGUCUGUCUGGGCGCUGUUACUGGGAGGUAGAGAUCAGUGGGGGAAUUGUUGAGAUAGCAGUUGCAUAUAAAGGAAUCAUUAGGAACAGAGGUGGAAAGGGCACUGUAGUUGGAUGUGAUGGCAAGUCCUGGAGUAUAUGCCGUGAUGGUAAUAACAAAGUAGGAGUGUAUCUGGACUGGCCAGCUGGCACUCUGUCCUUCUACAGUAUCUCCUCUGACACACUGACCCGCAUAAAGAAAUUCCACAUCAAAUUCACUGAGCCCCUCUAUCCAUUGUUCAAGUUGUAUGAUGGGAAAAUCUCAGUGACUCUUUGUCAGAUGUGAUCAACACAUGGUGUUUCACUGUAAUCAUUGUCGUGUUUAGAAGGACAUGAGAAUAACUGUCUAUUUCUUAGUAAGAUAAUAAUAACUACUAUAUACAUGUGUAAUGAAGCAUCUACAACUAUAUUGUUAUAAGAUGCAUGAAUGUGGCAUUCCUGUGUGACAUUAUCACCAUUGUGAUAAGAUGACAUGAUAAGAUGUCUGUUCAAUGACUAACAUGUGCUUUAUAAAGGGUGUGAUACUAUAAUCAUGCAAAUUAAUAAAAUUAAGCAAUUUUACAUUGCAUAAAAGUUCCCAUUGAAAUUGUAUAAAGGAAGAAGUGUAGUGUCUGGUUCUGAUCACUGAUGGGAUCCAAUAAAUUCUCAUAGAAUGUU